AUGAUCUCGUUCAUGAGACUUGGUGAAUGCUCUUUGUCCAAGUCUGAGAUUCUAAACAAACUCCUGAGCAACUCCCAGCAAUACCACGACACCUUUGUGCACCGCGACAUGCAGUGUGGCGACAACCCGAGAAUAAUCUCUAAUGGACUCGCUGAACUUACUUGGGAAAUGGGUCAACUCUACGAGGCUUCAUUGUCUCUUUCAGAAGAAGACCGUUCACGCCAACAGCUGCAGCACCUUCCCAAACUGUGUGCACAGCUUCUGAUUGAUGGUUUUCCUCUGGAGCUGGUGGAUGGAGAUGCCUCCAACAUCCCUCUCAGAUGGGUGAGUGAUGUUCUGACCCAGCUCCAUGAACUGGUGUCUCCUAACAACAAGAUUCGGGUGAUCACAGUCUUCGGAGUCCAGAGCACAGGGAAGUCCACUCUCCUCAACACCAUGUUUGGAGUGAAGUUUGCAGUGAGCAGUGGCCGAUGCACGAGAGGCGCCUUUAUGUUACUCAUCAGAGUCAGUGAAGAUAUGAAAGCUUCUCUCAACUGUGACUUCUUAGUGAUCAUCGACACAGAGGGCCUCAAGUCUCCAGAACUCGCUCAACUGGACGAUAGUCACGAACACGACAACGAGUUAGCAACCCUUGUGGUUGGAUUGAGUGACAUCACCAUCAUCAAUAUUGCUAUGGAGAAUUCUACAGACAUGAAAGACAUCCUGCAGAUAGUUGUGCACGCUUUCCUCAGAAUGAAAGAAGUGGGUAAAAAACCCAGAUGUCAGUUUGUUCACCAGAAUGUUUCAGAUGUUUCAGCUCAUGACAAGAACCUCAGAGACAGAAAACUGCUCUUGCAGCAGUUAAAUGAGAUGACUCAAGCUGCAGCUAAGAUGGAGAGAAAAGAAGAGAAUAAGAGCUUCACUGAUGUCAUGGACUAUGACCCCGACACUGGAAACUGGUACAUCCCUGGACUGUGGAAUGGAAUCCCCCCAAUGGCCCCAGUCAAUGUAGGAUACAGUGAAGCAGUCCAAGAACUCAAGAAAAAUCCAGAAGGUUUCAGGAAAUGCAUGAGCGUUUUCUGCAUGAAAACGAUCCUUUCGUACAUCUGA